AUGUCGCAACCCAGCCCACUUCCGGGCCCCGCGCCCACUGCGACAGCGUCUUCAACUCAAUCUCUCUCCUCCCAGAUCGACCUGCUGGUGGCCCUCCACCUCUGGUCCUGGCCGGCCUUGACCCUCGCGAUCCAAAACUCCUGGGGCGGCUCCCCCGAGGUCUCCAAGGACAAGCGGGACUGGUUCGCCGGCGCCGUGUCGGAACUGCUCACGUCGACGCCCCCGCAACUGGCCGACGUCGGCGACCUGGAAGAGGUGCUGAUCCAAGUCAUGCUGGACGAGUUCGAGGUCGUGGUCGACGACGGCAGCGCCGAAGAGACGGCCGCCAAGAUCUGGAGCGGCGCCACGAAAUUGGGCGCGGGGGACGUCUCGGAAUUGAUCGACCUCUACGCAAAGUGGCAGGAGAAGCAGAAAGACGGAGGUGGUGACAAGGUCGUCGGUAUCGUCAGGGGGGAGGACAAGGACGCGGAAGAGACGGAUUGGGAUGACGACGACGAUGAUGACGAGGAAGAGUGGAAUGGGUUCCCUGAUCGAGCAGACGUGCAGAUGGACGAUGCCCCGCCGUCACUCAUUGACAUUGACUGGAAACCGAAGCAGAAGCCCGAGCCUGAGGUGGACGAAGACGGGUUUACAAAGGUUGUGGGCAAGAAGAAAAGAUGA